UGACAGUAAAGUAAAAAGUUUCAAUUUGUAUAAGAAUUUAUUAAAAUAAUAAAUAAUAAUGGACAAAUUACAAUUUUCACAUGAGGUGAAAAUCAAGAAGAAAUUAACAGUAUCUGUUCGAAAGUUAAGGCAAAAAUAUGUAAAACAACGCAAACGAAAGCUGAAAGCGCAAGAACAAAGUUGCCUGUUAAAAACCAUAAGAAUUUUAAACAAUAAUAAAAUGAAAUUCAAUAUAUCCAACAACCCGGCUGCAUUUAUAAAUGAUUGCUCGAAUUUCGACGAAAAGGCUCUAAACGAUUUACUGGAAGAUUUAACAGAUGACGAUGUGAAGGAAUUGGCAGAUUUAAUUUAUGAAAAUCUAUUAAGGAGAUAUUCUCUGUCAAUUAUUCCUGAUUUUCAGUCAGACGAUCAUGGAAAGGACUUGGCAAUUAAUAAGUUAUCAGAUCAAAAUGCUAAUGAACACGUAUCAAAUAUAUCUGUUGAGAAUCGUUUAAAGGAUAGUGAAACAUUGAAUGAAAUCUCUCUCGAUAUGGACGAAGAUUGCAAUAUUGUACCUCCUCAUAUUAGUAACGAUACUUUACCAUUAGAGAAAUCUAUUAAAUCUAGUAAUUUAACCGAUAUUAAUAUGCCUCUUCCAUUUAGUCACAGAACUUUAGCAGAAAAACCAGCUGCUAAUAUGUCGAUAAAAUGUUUGACUGCGAGUAUUGUAAAUCUACUAAACGUGAAUGAUGAUUUACAACCAACAAAUGUUUCGAAUCAUGUUGAGCAUGAUAGCAUUGAAGAGUCUCCUUCAUCGCCAGAUCCUGUUGAACAAGUACCAUAUGAUGAUUUUGAACCACUAGACAUUCCCCUUGAGCCAACUAAUAAUCGUUUUGAUAGUGUCUUGAAAACUAGUCAUCCCUCGGAAGAAAAUUGUGAUAAUUUAAUCGUAAGCAAUAAUAUUGGAGUGAAGAGAAAAAAAUCAAAUAGUCCAGAGUGUGUUGUAAAACGGCGUAAAUCUAGUCACCCUGGUGUAAUUCACAGACAAAAUAUUGGAAACCUGUUGAGAAUUCCUAAAAGUAUUGACUUCAAAGAAUGGAGAAAAAAUUUAUUAGAUAUAGCAGAGGUUACUCUGGAAAAUAGAUACCAAGAUAUUAAAAGUGCUAUUGAUAAUGUUGAAAAGAAUUAUACACAAACAUUGAUAAAAGGACAGAAAGUUCCCAUUUUCGUUACAAAACUAUUAACAGAACUUCUAAAUAUCCCAAACGAAGACAUUAUACCUAAGGGUAUCAUUAACAAAUUGAAAAAAUACACAUCUGAUCAAGUAAUAGAAAUAAUCAUCCAUCAGUUGAAGAACGACAUUCACACUAAGCCCGAUAGUAAAUAUUAUCCAGCACCUUUGAUGACGAGAACUCAGAGGAUUUUCCUGGGACUUUUGAUCGAAUUAGAGAAAUUAAAUAAAUUCAAAGGGAUAGCUUUGAGGUAUUUAGCAAGGCUCGAAACAUAUUUAUUUUUUUCGACAGAAAGACAAUGUGUGAAGGCGACUCUUUCACUGACCCGAUUGUACUUGAGCGUGUGUCGUCUUCUCGGUGAUAUAAAUCGAAUGAGAGCAUUCUGUUGUCUGGCCUUUUUCUAUUGUGAUCACUCGGCAGUUCCUAUUUUAUUUACAAUAUUAAAAUCCUGGAUUGAAGUUAUUCCCUUAUACAAAGACGUAGAAACUUUUCCGAUAGCAAAACUUCUACAUAAAUUGGUUCAUACUGAUAUUUUUACAAGGAAACAUAGUUGUUCGUUCCCAUUGAAAUGCCUGUUAAGUGUGUACCAUGGCUAUCCGAGGCAAACCCCACACCGUGAUAAAAUAAUCGAGGAUCUUGUAGAGGAGUACACCACUAAUCCAAGUCAAGGGUCUGACUAUUCCAUACGUUUACUGUGUAAACAUACUAAUGCCAAUUGGGUGUACAAGGUGCUAGAUAAAUAUUUUAAACCUCUUUUAUACAAAAUUCCAUCAGAGAAUGUUAAUUUCAAAGCUACAACUAUUGUAUUAAUGGGUAGAAUAAGUAGCAAGUUUCAGGUAAAAAAUGGGAAGAAUAAUACAAAAAUUGUGGAAGACUUAAAGAGAUUUUUUGAAGGAUUAUUACAAGAUGAGUCCAAUUCUGAUGAAUUGAUUAGGCAGAGUAUUAUUUGGUCAAUGAACUGUUUUUUGAAUGAUACCUGAAAUAAAUAAUUAUUAGUU